AUGAGUUGCACUCUGGAAAAAGAAGCUAUGAAGAAAGUAAAUAAAAUUCGUAAAGACCAAUCUUCAAGACUGGAAGAACUAUCUUCAAAACAGCAAUAUAAUAAAAAGAAAGCAGAACUUAUUAUGAGUAAUGCCUCUGUAGUUAACCAAGCCAUAAAUAUUUUAAGAUCUGCUAUAGCAUCACAAAUGCCUUGGAGAAGUAUAAAAGAUCUAGUUGAUGAAGCCACUCGAUGUAAUGACUCUGUUGCCUCUUUAAUAUCAUCUAUUAAGUUGGAAAUCAAUCAAAUAUCCAUGCGUUUAAGGUGA